CCGGACGAUUUUUCUGGCAGGCAGGACUAGCUAGCUUGUUUCCCUGGCUCCCCGAUUACUGUUCCCGACCCCAGGUCUGGUUGACUGGGAACUGGCGAGCGAGAUGUUUGAUUGAGGCAGGCUUAGGAUGACACAUAGGAACCCUUGCCCAAGCCCAAAGAUGGGAGAGAGGUUCUGGGUAAUUUUCACAAAAGUAGUUGGAGUUAAGAGAGCACAGCCAGAAUCCAGAGCUCUGGCAACCCGGAAACCUCCAGUUUCUUGAUUCCAGUUAUGGGCUCCAAAGCUGGAGCAUUACCCAGAUCAUUGGUGGCUGUCAUCUUCCUAGGAUAGAGGGGCCCAGUUGAGCCUACACUCUUUUAUGUUGCCUUUGGUCCCCAGACCCGGAACCCACUUGUGGCAGUGUACUACACCAACCGGGCCCUGUGCUAUCUGAAGAUGCAGCAGCCUGAACAGGCACUUGCUGACUGCCGGAGAGCCCUGGAGCUGGAUGGGCAGUCUGUGAAGGCACACUUCUUCCUGGGGCAGUGCCAGCUAGAGAUGGAGAGUUAUGAUGAGGCCAUUGCCAAUCUGCAGCGAGCCUAUAGUUUGGCCAAGGAGCAGCGACUCAACUUUGGAGAUGAUAUCCCUAGUGCCCUUCGCAUUGCUAAGAAGAAGCGCUGGAACAGUAUCGAGGAACGGCGCAUUCACCAGGAGAGUGAGCUGCACUCUUAUCUCACCAGGCUCAUUGCUGCUGAGCGAGAGAGGGAACUGGAAGAGUGUCAGCGGAACCACGAGGGUGAUGAGGAUGAUGGCCACAUCCGGGCCCAGCAGGCCUGCAUUGAGGCCAAGCACGAUAAAUACAUGGCAGACAUGGAUGAGCUCUUCUCUCAGGUGGACGAGAAAAGAAAGAAGCGAGAUAUCCCUGACUACUUGUGUGGCAAGAUCAGCUUUGAGCUGAUGCGGGAGCCCUGCAUCACACCCAGUGGUAUCACUUAUGAUCGCAAGGACAUUGAGGAGCACCUGCAGCGUGUGGGCCACUUUGACCCCGUGACCCGGAGCCCUCUGACCCAGGAACAGCUCAUCCCCAACUUGGCCAUGAAGGAAGUCAUUGAUGCAUUCAUCUCUGAGAAUGGCUGGGUAGAGGACUACUAAGGCCCCAUAUCCUGCCUGGCACUCUGGCCCAGGAGGGUCUGGAAACAGAAGCUCCAGUCCCUGUAUAUAGUUUGUGUCCCUGGGCCUGCCCCCAUCAGUCCUUGCUGAUGGGUUCUGAACUGCUCCCCUUCUCGGCAUCCCUUGCUGGGCCAUGAGCCUCCCCUGUCCCCCUUCUGGGCUGGAAAGCGGGUAAGGGUGGGCUGAGGUUGCUGCUGCUGCCACUGUCCUGUAAUAAAGUCUGUGAGCACUA